UUGAAGUGUGUAUGUCUUUUGUGUGACUCUUCAAACUUUACCUGCCAAACUGAAGGAGCAUGCUGGGCCUCGGUUAUGCUAACCAAUGGGAAAGAACAGGUGAUCAAGUCCUGUGUCUCUCUCCCAGAGUUGAAUGCUCAAGUCUUCUGUCAUAGUUCCAACAAUGUUACCAAAACUGAAUGCUGCUUCACAGAUUUUUGCAACAACAUAACACUGCACCUUCCAAAAGCAUCUCCAAAUGCCCCAAAACUCGGACCCAUGGAGCUGACCGUUGUUAUUACUGUGCCAGUUUGCCUCCUGUCCAUGGCAGCGGCGCUGAUGAUAUGGGCGUGCCAAGGUCGCCAGUGCACAGACAGGAAGAAAAAGAGACAGAAUGUGGAGGAACCUCUCUCUGAGUGCAAUCUGGUAAAUGCUGGAAAAACUCUAAAAGAUCUGAUAUACGAUGUGACGGCCUCUGGCUCUGGCUCUGGUCUACCUCUGUUGGUUCAAAGAACAAUUGCAAGGACGAUCGUACUUCAGGAGAUAGUAGGAAAAGGUAGAUUUGGUGAGGUCUGGCAUGGAAGAUGGUGUGGGGAAGAUGUGGCUGUAAAAAUAUUCUCCUCCAGAGAUGAAAGAUCUUGGUUUCGUGAGGCAGAAAUUUACCAGACGGUUAUGCUGAGACAUGAGAACAUACUUGGUUUCAUAGCUGCUGACAACAAAGAUAAUGGAACUUGGACUCAACUUUGGCUUGUCUCUGAAUACCAUGAACUGGGCUCCUUAUAUGACUAUUUGAAUAGAAAUGUAGUAACAGUGGCUGGCAUGAUCAAACUGGCACUUUCCAUAGCGAGUGGUCUGGCCCACUUACAUAUGGAGAUUGUUGGUACACAAGGUAAACCUGCGAUUGCUCAUCGAGAUAUAAAAUCAAAGAAUAUCUUAGUGAAAAAGUGUGAAACGUGUGCCAUAGCAGACUUAGGGUUGGCUGUGAAGCAUGAUUCAGUACUGAACACUAUUGACAUACCUCAGAAUCCUAAAGUAGGAACCAAAAGGUAUAUGGCUCCUGAAAUGCUUGAUGAUACCAUGAAUGUGAAUAUCUUCGAGUCCUUCAAACGAGCUGACAUCUAUUCUGUUGGUCUGGUUUAUUGGGAAAUAGCCCGAAGGUGUUCAGUUGGAGGAAUUGUUGAGGAGUACCAGUUGCCUUAUUAUGACAUGGUGCCUUCAGAUCCAUCAGUAGAGGAAAUGCGGAAGGUUGUUUGUGACCAGAAGUUUCGACCAAAUAUCCCCAACCAGUGGCAAAGCUGUGAAGCACUCCGAGUCAUGGGGAGAAUAAUGCGUGAGUGUUGGUAUGCCAAUGGGGCAGCCCGCCUGACCGCCCUUCGUAUUAAGAAGACUAUUUCUCAACUUUGUGUGAAAGAAGACUGCAAAGCCUAA